AUGGCGCCAGCUCAGGGUGGUUUUUCUUGGUCGAACAUCGCCGUUGGCGCUGUUAUGAACAUGUUUGAGGUGACCACUCUUGGUCAGCCUUUUGAGGUUAUCAAGACGCAAAUGGCUUCGAACCGUACGCAAACCAUGGGCCAGGCUCUAAAGACGGUUUGGAGCCGUGGUGGUGUGCUCGGUUUUUAUCAAGGCCUAAUCCCGUGGGCAUGGAUUGAGGCCUCUACCAAGGGCUCUGUCUUGAUGUUCACGUCCUCCGAGGUCCAGCACGUGGCCAAGUCGUUUGGUAUGGGCCCUGGUGCGGCUGGUCUCUUGGGUGGUAUGACUGGCGGUAUCGUGCAGGCUUAUGCAACAAUGGGCUUCUGCACAUGCAUGAAGACCGCUGAAAUCACUCGUAGCAAGCAGGCUGGUGCGGGUAUUAAGCCCCCAUCGACUUGGCAGGUGUUUGCGGACAUUUAUCGCCGUGAGGGUAUCCGUGGUAUCAACAAGGGUGUGAACGCUGUGGCAGUCCGCCAGAUGACCAACUGGGGUAGUCGUAUGGGCUUCGCUCGCCUUGCUGAAUCGCCUGUGCGUAAACUGAGUGGUAAGAAUGAGUCGGAGAAGUUGAGUGCUAUGGAACGUAUUCUCUGCUCUACCAUCGGUGGUGCUUUGUCUACAUGGAACCAGCCCAUUGAGGUGAUUCGUGUUGAAAUGCAAUCCAUGUCGAAGGCUGCAAGCCAGCACCACCUGGCUGAGAAGCCCUCGAUUCUUGGUACUCUGAAGUAUAUUUACAAAGAGAACGGUAUUCGCGGCCUCUACCGCGGUGUGAGCCCGCGUAUUGGCUUGGGUGUCUGGCAAACGGUUUGCAUGGUGUCCUUCGCUGACACACUGCGUGAGUGGAUGCACAUUGGCAAGUAA